AUCUUCCAUACCCUGCUGCAGCCUUUCUUGUGGGCGUAUGUGCUUGUAUCUGUUUUGUGAACUCCCUCUCUGGAGAAUUUGUAUUUGAUGACUCUGAAGCCAUUGUCAAUAACAAUGAUAUUCGAGGCGAGACUCCCCUUGGGAACCUUUUUCACAAUGAUUUCUGGGGAACUCGUCUUACUCAUCCAUCAAGUCACAAAUCAUAUAGGCCGCUGACAGUGCUUUCAUUCAGAUUAAAUUAUUCCUGGGGUGCACUGGACCCAUUCAGUUACCAUGCUGUUAAUAUUGUGCUACAUUGUCUUGUGAGCAUCAUGAGUCUUCGGGUCUUCUAUGUGGUGUUUGGUACUGGUGCACCCCGUGCAGCACUCCUCUCAGCUAUCUUGUUUGCUACACAUCCAAUACAUACAGAAGCUGUAUCUGGGAUCGUAGGGAGAGCAGACCUGCUUUGUGCCCUCUUCGUAUUUGUAGCUCUUCUGAGUUAUGUUAGAGCUGUGAAGGGAAUGUCUGAAGAUAUUUCCAAUAAGGCACAGAACUGCUUUCGCAAGGGUGAUAAGUGUGGGCAUAGUAUGCUGUACCUGCUUCUGACUGCUGCAUCUUCUGCCACAGCCAUGCUGUGUAAGGAGGUUGGCAUCACUGCAUUGGGAGUCUGCAGUGCAUAUGAUGUUUUACUAGCUCAUGGGGGCUUGAUAGGCCGCACCCUUAUUUCACUUACCAUUGGUCACAAUCAUCGGGCAUUAUCUCUUUGGAGAAAUCUUCCAGAUGGUGUAGUUCGUGGUCUUAUAUGGCGUCAUGUGUUGCUAGCAGUAACAGGUAUAGCACUGCUGGUGGCUCGUUGGGUUGUUAUGGGCUCUACUGUGCCAAAGUUCAUGAAAGUGGACAAUCCCGCUUCAUUUUUAGAUAGUAUUUUCUUUAGAAGUUUGAAUUAUCAGUAUACCUACAGCAUGAAUGCUCUUCUCCUGGUUCUGCCAAUUUGGUUGUGUUUUGACUGGUCUAUGGGCUGUGUUCCAGUCAUUGUAAGCUUCAGCGACCCAAGACUGCUGACUCUCCCAGUUCUGUGGGUUUCAUUCAUUAUGUUGCUGAGGCGGGGAAUGACCCAGGGCAAAGGGAGUCAGACGUCUAGAUGUGUGCUUAUGGCUUUGGCUAUGGGAAUAGUGCCAUUUUUACCAGCUACAAAUAUCUUCUUUCGUGUGGGAUUUGUGAUAGCUGAGCGUGUGUUGUACCUACCUGCUGCUGGGUUCUGUAUCCUGGUAGUGACGGGUAUGAGGGAACUUGGUGCAACUAACCAUGUCAGUAAGAGAGUGCUUCAGUUUGGGUAUGUGUUGUUGGUGGUGGUGUUCAUACUGCGAUGCCAGCAGAGGAGUCGUGACUGGCUGACAGAGAAGCAGCUUUUUAGCUCUGGUCUUGAUGUUUGUCCUCUAAAUGCUAAGGUUCACUACAACAUGGGUAAAGUUGCAGCUGACACAGGUGAUGUAGUAGAAGCUGUAAGACGUUACCGGGAAGCUCUACGACUAAAUCCAGAUUAUGACCAAGCCAUGAACAACCUCGCCAAUAUUCUUAAGGAUCAAGGUCAUCUUGAUGAGGCAUUGCACUUUCUUCAGCAAGCCACCACCUUAAGACCAGAUUUUGCUGCAGCAUGGAUGAACUUAGGCAUUGUUCAAGCAUCAUUGGGCGACCAUGCAUCAGCUGAGAAUAGUUACCUCACUGCUCUGACUCACAGAUCUGUAUACCCAGACUGUCUGUAUAAUUUAGGCAAUCUUUACUUAGAGAAAGGUGAUCACACUGCUGCUCUUGCUACCUGGACUAAUGCCACCUCUCUGAAACCUUCCCUUGCUGUGGCCUGGACAAACAUGCUCAUUCUCUUGGACUCUCAGGGAUUAUAUCAGCCAGCCAUUGAAGUUGCAGAUAAAGCAUUAAGACACCUUCCAAAUGAGCCAGCACUUCACUUCAACCUAGCCAACACCCUGGGAAAGCUCAAUCGAUAUGAAGAAUCUGAAUCACACUUCCUUCAAGCCACAAACCUUGAUCCAAGCAAUGCCAACUAUUGGGCUAAUCUCGGUGUCUUGUAUCAUCGCUGGCAUCUACAGCAAACAAGACCAUGGUAUCCAAAUCAGUCUGCCGAUUCACUGCUGCAAAUACACCUGUGUUCAACGAGAAUAGGAGCAACAAGGCUGAGAUGUGUGCCAAAGGAGUUGGGAACAGCCAACAGGAAGUCCCCAGCAUGAUGAGCUCUCAUUGCUAGGAGAUGGGCUCUAUCCUUCCCUGACAGACACUUUGAAGCAUUGUUCAGGCCAGAUUUUCCACUAUUGGGCCAUCCCAGUGUGACUAUUUGUAGCUGUUGGAGAGAGCAGGUCUGGUUUCAGAGACUGUUAGAUUAUCCCAGAGCAUGGCUCCAACAAAUUUUUGGUCAUGAAUUCCAACAUUAUCCCUAAGGUGUUAAGGAAGAAUUGUUGCUACAAGUCUACUGGAUUCAACACAUAAGGACAGGAGAACAGAUCUGUGAUACCUUGCAGACACCAAUACUUCCUGGUCUGACUGGAAGUGCAACUUGGUCCCGCUUCCCAUCUUCUAGAGUAAGGGUCGAGUACUUUUGUAAAAAUAUGCCUCAGAAUACUGUUAUAUUCAUUCAGUAUAGGGUUAUCAUAUGAAGGUGCACAUCUUAGGAAAUAUGUUAACCUGGGCAGAUUCCUGCACUUUGUGAGAAGGUACAAGGCAUCAUAGGUGUCAAGAUUGCCUAUUCGUUGUUCCAUCCUCCUCAACUCAUCCAGUUUCUUACUGAGAAAUGAGUCAUUGGUAUCUGUUCCCAGAGGUGCUCCAAGCAAUAUGGUACUUAUGGGGGCAAUGACUGAUGCCUGGUAGCCUUGAUCUCGCUUGUUGACUGAGAUGAUUUCACAUUUGGAAAUCACUGGUCAGCCUGACAGUGAUUUCCUUAACCAUUAUGCUGUCUAAAUAAUAACAACAACAACAUUAUUUAGAGUUGGUUUCAAAUACUACAAAGAAAUUUUUCAGCCUUUGUAUGUUUGUAACAUUUUCAGUUGUACAUGCAGAGCUGAAAGCUGUGUGAAGUAUCAAAGCCAUUUCUUUGUGGUUGGUCAUUUUGCCAUUGCCAUUAGUUAAAUGUCUUAGUUUGCUUUCACCUUUUUUUUUUUUUUAACCCCUGACAUCUCUGAAGAAUUAUUUAAGGGUUAGCUUCAGUAUUCUUAAAAUUCUCAUAUACCAUUUUUUUUUUAGCUCAUGCCUUCUCUCUGUAACUUUUAGUUAACAUGUUCUGCAGUGUUAUUAGUCACUUUUUAAUUUCUUGUAUGAUACUACUGUAGUUUUGUUAUCCUGGCUGCUUUAGAAUAUCAUUGUCUUGUUUUAUCUUUCUUGGUAUGUUAUCCCUUUUGAUAUUUAGUAUUUUGUUUUUAAACUUUCAUUUCCUCUACACUGUUUGUAUCUUACAGCUUGAUGAACUUUUCUGGUAAUAUAUCUUGAUGCAUCUUUGCUGCUCUGUAUUGGAGACUGUCAUAUUUUUAGUUUAAUCUUGAUGUUCAUUCAUUUUGAAGUUGAUAAUGUUAUGGUCAUAGUUUUCAAAGCUUUUCUUUGCCUUGUAUUAAAUCUGUAAGGUUAUCACCAUGAUUUUAUUUGGUACAGUCUAUUUAGAAACUCUUGUCAGUCACACAGGUGUGUAGCUUCUUGAUCACCUGAUACAGCCCAAUGUUUCAGUUAAGAUCAGGGUUAUUUAGCCACCCACUAUUAUUAUUAUUACUUAGGUUUUAGUAAUUAUUUAAUUACAUCACAAGAGGGUGUCAUUUCCAUGAGAUUGUUUUUAGGAGAAUGAUGGACUACCAUGAGUAAAACAAAAAAUUUGUUCUCAUUGCAGCAAAUUUUGAUAUGUAUGGAGUCAUGAACCUCAUUUUUUAUGUUGCAUGUAUUGUAGUUCAUUUCUAAUGUAUAGGAUCACACUGCCACUUUUUUUUUUUUUUUUGUAAAGUGCAAGAUUAAGGGAAAAUAUAUGUAUCUAGUGAUUUCUGAUGUCAAGUGAUUAUAUCAACUCAUGACUUGCUGAAAAUAUAUUGUGGUAUAUACUGUCCUCAUUUUUUUUUUUUUAAUUUCUGGUCAUACUGGCUACUGGACUUGAUGUGACUACCUGCCUCGUCUUUUUACAUUCCCUUCACUGUAUUUUCUUCCUCUGCCUUUCUCUUCCAUUCUCACUUUGUGUCACAUUUUUCCCAACCUUGCUAUUCCUAGUAUUCAGAUUCAUGAUGACUUCAAAAAAGCUUUCAUUCCUGUUAAGGUUGUCCCAAAGAGCUGUAUAUUUGUCCUUUUCACAUAUGUACUCUGUCUUGGUUAUGUGUAAGAGUCUAAAUCAUGUCUCAGUAGCAGUACUUGAUACUAUCUCUUGCUGUCUUGAAUUUCAUUAUCAGGAAUAAAAGUCAGUGCUGUGGCUGGAAAAAUUCAUUAUUAACAAUUUGGAAAGGAAGCCUGAAGAUAAUGAAGGUUUAUUAUGCUUUGGAAUUACCAUGGCUUGUCUCAAAUAUAUACAGUACUGUAAGAAUUAUUGCAAAUUUUAGAUAAUACAGAUAAUGAGCCAACAUAAGCUUAGCUGUAUUCUUGUAGCCACAAACCAUGUACAGUAUAGUAGAAGAAUUUCUUGUUGGAAGGAUUUUACUAAACCAAGGUGCAAAAUUAUCAUACUGAAUGUAUGUACAUGCAUAUAUAUGAGAAGGGAUAUCAAGUUUCUGCUGCUGAUACUUUAGUAAAAUUUUAUAUUUUUGGACAUUACAAAAAAUAGACAAUAUUGUUAUAAAGUGUCAACAUCUCUUGGAGCUGGGCUAUGAUGCAACUUAUAUUUGAAAUGUAUUGGAAUGUUACUAGAGAGGUAAUGCUCUAACAUACAUAAAGGUUAAAUACUUCUACUUUUGCACCAAUAAUAACUCCUUUGAGGAACCAAUGAGACUCAUGCCUAGAUGCUGUUUCCUAAUAAAAGACCAAUCAUUCAACCACUGAUGUGCAUUUUAUAUACACGGGUACAUGUACUUACAUUGAUGAGAUGAAUUUAAAAAAUGUUGGCUCAGGUCGAAAUAGUGUACAGGUAUACCAUAAGUAUAGUAUAACACAAGGAAAUGCCAUUUGUAUUAUUUGUACAAAUGCUGUACUGUAAAGGUAUAAUAAGAUAGUGAAGGAAACCAAAUUCUUACCUUAUUCUUUGUUAUUGCUGCAUUAAUUAACACAGGUGUGUUGCUCUUUGUAUCUUGCUUAAGACAAUGCCUAUGUCAGUUUUGGUGUUCUGAACCAUGUACAUUAUUUUUAUAAAACUAAUGUAACUAAUAAUAUGUUUAAGGAAAGUCUGUAAUUCUCAGCAUUCUUGUUAUAAAAUAUGGACUCGAUGAGAGUCUAAUUGUCAUUGAGAUGAGUUAUUUUUUAUGUUUAUUCUACUAACCUAAUGAAAUGGCUGAGCUUUACUUGUGUAACACAGUACCAUCAUUGUUCUUUGUACUUCACAAAAUCAGUAGAAUGCUAUACAGUAUUUCAUGCAUCUCUUUAGGGACAAAAGAGGGUAGGGAAGGGGGAGAGGGUUUGAUCAGUUAUUUUAGUGUUAGACAUUUACCAAUAAUUUUAUCAAGUACAUUUCUGUAAUAGUACUUCAGGACAAAAGCUACUUGUGAAAUUUAAAAUCUCACAAAUUUGAUGUGAACAUGCAUCCAUUUUGUUUUAUAUACUCUUAAUUUAAUUUGUUAUUGUGAGAUUAAUGUGCAAUAUGUAGAUAGUGUUAAAGAAUUGUGAAAUCCCAUCGAUAGGUGGGUUUACAUUUAAAAUGAAGGAAGUAACUGAACUCGGUACAGUACUGAUAUUGGUGCAUUCUCACCUUUUUUGAGUACCUUAAAAAUCUAGUUAAUAUGUUUAAUGUAUUCUAUACUGAAUUGUAUUUCAAAAAUUAUAUACUAUAUAUGCAAUAUAUAUUUUUUUCAUUUUCUGAUAAAGCAUAUACAGUAGUUGUGCAAUGAGUAGCUUUUACUUAAACUCGGUUCUCAAACUAUGUUGAUAAACUAUUCCCCAUUUUUUCUCUCUUCUCUGUAUCCUUUGUAGGUCAACAUACACAGUAGUAUUUGAAUUAUGUUCAUUUCGUGUUUUGGUUUUCUGCGAACUAUUAUGUAUUAUUUUUGUAAAUAAAAUUGUCAAACAUUUUCUAGAAAUAAAGAAAAGCUGGUGCUGA